AUGUCAACACUACCGACCAAUCUCUGCGAGUUGUUCGCUUUGUCCGUUCGACAGUACCCGGAGAAUCUCGCGAUCGAUCACGAAGAUGGAGCCUUGACGUAUAGGGAGCUCGAUGAUGUUUCCUCAUCGUUGGCCCAUGAUCUCUCCGUGUUGGGAGUCGGCGGUGGAUUACCCGUCUUGCUAGUAACAGCUCACGGAAGCUUCAACAUCGUGGCGAUUCUCUCCAUCUUGAAGGCCGGUGGCUGCUUUGUGCCCAUUGAUCGCAAGACAUGGUCGCCCGAAAUGAUCGAUUAUGUCUGCGAGACGGUCGAAAGCCAGGUCAUCAUCAACACUACCGCAGAACCAUUCAGAGCGACCAAUGGAUCGCAUCACGUCUUGCACAUGACGACGCUUCCUCCUCCUUCCAGCCCCAACACGCCUUCAUAUUCUCUACAACCAAGCGACGAUGCCUGCAUCAUCUUUACCAGUGGCAGUACCGGACGUCCCAAAGGGGUCAUCCUCUCACACAAAGCCUUCUGCUUGUACUCACAGACGAGUCCCAUGAAUCUGGAUAUUCUUCCUGGGGAUAGACUACUUCAUAUCUUGUCAGUUGCUUUUGAUGCUUGUGCCUGUAUGCUUUUCUCAGCCCUGGGCAAUGGCGGUACACUGGUCCCAGCUCAAGCGGAAGACAUCUACGCCAAAGCCUCUUCAUGCACGGUAAUGGCAGCGACGCCUUCAAUAUUGAACACCCUCAUGGAAUCUACGCCGAAUUCAGAAUUUCUGGGAAACAUGCAUACUAUCAUUCUUGGUGGCGAAACGGCAACCUCGGAGCUGCUGGCCUCGCUGGUAGAUGCUGGUGUCCGAGUUCUGAUCGGAUAUGGAGCGACAGAGACGACCUCCAUGGGCUCUAUACAAGUUACAUCUCGUGAUCCAGUCACGAAGAGCAUAAAUCCUCAGCUCAUUGGAGGUUCAAUCGAGGAAAGCCCGAUCUGGCUUGUCGGCGAUGACUUCGAAGCGAUUGAGGACGACUUUAUCGAGGGCGAGAUAUUCAUUGCUGGCGACGGUGUCUCUCGCGGAUAUUACCAGGACGACCUCCGGACCAACAGCAGUUUCAUCAAUUGGAACUCAAGACGAGUCUAUAAAACUGGCGAUUACGGUCGAUGGGUGCCAAGCCCAGCAGGUGGCCGGUUGAUCGAGUUCUGUGGCCGAAAAGAUCGAACAGUCAAGAACGGCGGCUUCCUCGUGAACCUGGAUCGGGAUGUCGAGAACGCCCUUGGUCGUGCAGGGAUGUUGCUCGGAGUCACUUCUGUCUGUGCAGCGGUUACAGAAGACGGCAUCGUCGCCGUCGUGACGCCAGAGACGGUUGACACUAUGGACCUAUUAGCAAUGGCAAGGCAAACCAUGUGCUCCUACUGCAUCCCAUACCGGAUCGAAGCUGUCCAGUCAUUUCCAGUAUCUCCAAACGGCAAGUUACAGCAUAAGAAAGUAUUGGAAAUCAUCUCUACGAUGGAUUAUGGGAAAGCCAAACAACGAUCUGUCGUGACAGCUCCUGUCCCUGUGCCGCAGGAACCGGAUACUGAGGCAUCGGAGAAGCAAGACCGGCUGUCCAAGAUUCUCAAUGCUGCGUCAAAUCUUUUUGGCCGCUUAGGAGAUGGUGGGAGGCAGAUACAGCCGGGCGAUUCAUUCUUGAGGCUGGGCGGCUCCUCCCUAUUAGCUUUCAGGCUUGUCUCUGCCCUUCGCCAGUCAAACCUGACCAUCUCUCCAAGAGACCUCUUCAGCUGUCGAACCUUUGAGGAGAUAGCCGAAGCGUCAGAUAACACACUCGAGGUACAAGUGGAAGCAUCCAAGUCAUCGGCAGACGAGUGUUUCGCCGUCACACAAAAGCUCGCAGCGCUCCGAAGCCAAGCUCGAAGUAUCCUUGCAUUGGACGACAAGGCGUUCGACAUCAGUCCUUUGACCAGUCUACAGCUAGCCUUUGCCUUUCCAACGUUAAGUUGCAGCUCAAAGAACGUCAACCAGAUGAAACUGGCCUACGCUGGCCGGUACGCGACCAUGAUGGAGAGAGCAUGGCGAGCGAUAUGGCAAGCUGAGCCGGUUUUCAGGACAGAGAUUUGCCUCGCUAUUGGAUGCGGCGCGCAGGUUAUCCACAAGAAGUCGUUCAGGACACACAAGUUGCGGUUAUUUGGCAACUUGGCAGACUACGAAGAUGCGGUUGAUAAUGCCGAUAUGGGUGUUGGGUUAGGUUGCUCACUGGAGUUUAUCGCAUACUAUCCAGACGCGACCCCAGUAGCCACACCGACGCUCAAUAUGCCAAAAGAUGUCGAGGAACUGACCGUCGUCCUGACAGUCCACCACAGUCUAAUGGAUGGCAUCUCACUACAAAUGGUACUGGACAACGUUGAGAGUCUUGCAAGAGGACGACAGCUUCCAAGCAGCUCUAGUUCAGUAGAAGCGAACCUUGGGCUGAUAUCCCUGCAACAGAAGAAGGACGCAGAAGCCAGAAAGUUCUUCGCCGAGUAUUUGAAAGAUUUUUGCCUCACCAAUGGCUCGCUCAAACAGCUCAACGUUGCCAAUGGAACAGUGCGGGAUUCCACAAGACAGCACAACACCGUCUUGUUUGGAUCGUCAGUCUCGAGUACUGAGGUCGCUGAGUUUGCGAGCCAGAACUGUUUAUCGGCAGCCUGUGUCUAUUACACGGCUUGGGCCAUGGCAAUGAGCACUUUUGAGGGAAACUCUGCAGUCGCCAUUGGUUCGGUCUUCUCUAAUAGAGCGUCGCAGCCUGAGCAUCAGAACACGAUCGGUUUAUACAUGUCAACUCUACCCUUGGUGGUCCAUCUAGAUGCAGAACAAGCAGUGCUCGACCUCCUUCGAAAGAUAAUGAGCGACAUUCUCACGCUGGGAGAGUAUGCUUGGGCACGGUCAGACCAAGUCGGCAUCGGCAGCUCGAUGAGCAGUCUGGUCUCGCUUCAACCAGCACUUCCCGAUGAGCGUUCAAAUCCGCCAGUUGUUCGCGCCGAGUCUAUCGAGAACAGUGCUUUUCCAUUGGCUCUGCUGAUAGAGUCCAACGGCGAAUUUCGCAUCUUGUACAACGACGACAUCUUCGACGAAUACACAGUUCGGCGGUUAGGCGGCCACUUUAAGCAAGCACUUCGUGGUGUAUUGCAGCAUGCUUAUGUGGGCGACUGCAUGAGGCUGAAUGGGCUUCAAGAGACAGUAUACCAGCAAGCAGAGGCAGUAAGGAUCCUACAAAGCGAAAGGACGGUGAAGCAGACAUUGGAAGACUCGAUCGACCGGUUUCCCGAAAACAUUGCUAUUGAAGACCAUCGAGGCGUAGCGCUUAGCUAUGCAGAACUCGAGAAGCAAACCAACACCAUUGCUCAUAACAUCAACAGGCAUCUGGCUGAUACGGAUGUCACAGCUGUUGCUGUGUAUGGCGAUGGGUCAGUUGGGUGGCUGUUAGGCCUCCUCGGGAUUCUCAAGACGAACCGCGCCUUUGUUCCUCUUGACCCCAAGUGGCCGAUGGAACGAAAAGCAACAGUGCUUGAAGCAAGCGGAGCGGCUGCCGUCCUUGUCCCAAACUCGACACAGCAAGACAAUGUUCCAACAAUACCAGGAAAGAAGACACUGAUUGUAGAGGAUCUGCUCUCUCACGCAACUGGAAAUGAAGAUGUCACAAGGCCAUCAGACAUCGGCUCUCCAGAUUCUGUUCUCGUCUACAUCUUUACCUCCGGGACUACGGGAGCACCAAAGGGCAUUCCCACGACGAAUCGAUCAUUCCUGGCCUUUCAGAGCAAUCCCGAGGCUACCAUGUUUGCAGCGCCCGGCAGACGGAUUGCCCAGUUCAUGUCGCCCGCAUUUGAUGUUUGCAAUGAGGAGAUACUCUCUGCGCUGUUGCACGGAGCAACGCUUGUUCUAAGAGAUCCGGCAGAUCCUUAUGCUCAUCUUCAGAGAGUCAAUACGGCGACAAUGACGCCGGCAGUUCUGUCGGUUCUGGAACCAGACCAUUUUCCAGACCUUGAGAUUAUUUAUUCCACUGGAGAAGCGAUCACUGCUCCGAUCAUCCAGAAGUUUGCCACAAAAAGGCUGCUCUACAAUGCCUACGGGCCAGCAGAGUGUGCCAUCAGUACUUCAUUUGAACGCAUGAUUCAAGGAGACGCCAUCACGAUUGGAACAUCCUGCGCCACGGCUCGCAUGUGUCUCCUUGAUGAUGAGCAGAAUCCUGUGCGGAAAGGAGUACAGGGCGAGAUCUAUCUCGCAGGUGUACAAGUCCUUCAAGGAUACAUCAACGCCCCAGAACAAACGGCUUUGCGCGUGCUGUCCGACCCAUGGCAUCCCAAUGAGAGGAUGUACCGUACCGGUGACUACGGAAACCGCCAGAAAGAUGACCGUGUCAUCUACAUGGGACGAAUGGAUCGUCAAGUCAAAAUCCGCGGAUUCCGCAUCGAGCUCGAUGGAGUAGAGCAUGCAAUCUUGUCGGCACCAACCGCCGAUGGCGUCUCUCAGUGUGCUGUUCUUGCGGUCGAUGGAGCGCUGGUGGCAUAUGUCACAUUUUCAUCCACUGGGGCAGAGAUCUCUACUGAAGCACGAAUCAGUCAGCUUCGUGGCAGGCUGGAGAAGACACUGCUUCCUUCAUGGGUGCCUCAGCAAAUCAUCCCGAUAAACGACUUUCCGCGAUCGAUGAAUGGCAAGAUUGAUAACAAGGCUUUGGAAGAGAUGUACCGUUCAAAGUCAUUCCUCGUCCAUGAGUCUUGUGACCAACGAUCCAUACCGAUGAGUGAGAGUGUCGCAUCCAAGCUCGCAGAGGCAUGGCGCGAAGUCCUUCAACUGGGACCUCUGGUGAACCUGGGACCAUCGGACAAUUUCUUUGCCCUGGGUGGUCACUCGGUGUUGGUCCUUCUUCUUGCCACAAAACUCACAGCAAUAUUUGGGGUGGAGAUCACAUCUCGCGAGUUGCUACAAUCUCCGACCUUUCAAGCUCAGGUCGACACAGUCGAAAGCAUGCUGGGAGCUAAAGGGUCAUCAGGAUCUGGCGUAAAAACCUCAAGGAUUGUCAAGACAUUGCCAACAGAAGAGCUGACAAAACUCGAACGUCAAGUCUGGUUCCAGUACCAGGUUGGCACCACCACUACAGCAUUCAAUAUUGCCAACGUACUCACUGUUUACGGUGAAGUGGAAUACACCAAGCUCCUGGACUCUUUCAGCACUGCAUUAGCUUCUGAUCCAGUCCUUCGGUCCAAUUUUGUUGAAGGGCCCGACGGUGUGAGGAGAGAAAUUCGAGCCUCCGUGCCUCGAGUUUCUGAGGUCGAAGGGUUGGACAUAACGGCAGAGACAAAUCAUGCGUUCGAUUUGGCCCACGAUGAAUUGAUCCGCGUCCACUUUGUACGCCAACCGGACGACUGCGAAAAUGCACGGAGCAAACCAACAGUUCAGAUUGUCAUUGUCACCUCACAUAGCAUCGCCGAUCUGGGUACGCUCCAAAAUCUGCUUCGCCUCGUGUCGGACGCAUACGCUGGAAAGAACGUAAAGGUACACGAGAGUCCGCAGCAUCUUAGUUCGAGUCAUUGGCAUUACUCCCCUUCAUUAGCUGAGCAAAAGUUUUGGAGAAACUACCUCGCCGGACACGAUGCCAGAAGCUCUAUGCCCUCUCGCUUCAAGAUCCCACUCCUCCCCUCGACGACUGCAGCCUUCCAAGGGACGUCCCGCACACGCGAGCUCCGUGGACUCGUCAUUGUCAGGCUGAAUGCACUUAUCAAACGACUGGGCAUCACUCACCAUCACAUGGCGCUCACUAUUGCUGCUCUCCUGUUGCGGUCGGUUCUGGGUGAAAAUGACAUUAUACUCGGCACUCCAAACGCCAACCGUCCGUCUCUACAAGAACGCGAAUCUUUAGGACAGUUCCUAGACCGGCUUCCCGUCCGCAUAAAGCUCGACUCAUCACGAUCAUCUCCAGAAGGCAAUUUCAACCAGAUUCUGACCAACGUGCGCGACUCAGCCGUCCAAGCUCUAGCCAACGCAAUACCCUUCUCUAGAAUCUUGGAGGCGCUCAACAUCUCAGGCGGUCACCUUCAGCAUCCAGUUUUUGAUUGCAUGGUUACGUUUCAUCCUCUUCAAACGAGCCUCUCUACGUGGCUGAAGUUGCCGAGCUGCGAGGUCGCCGUAUCUCCGCGCUUUGCUGAGGGAUCCAAGUUCCCGUUGAUGCUAGAGUGGUUCGAGCUCGACUCCGACCGCUGGUCACUACAUAUCGAGCACGAUACAACUCGACUACCAUCUACUCUUGUAAGCACCCUUGAAGAUGUGCUACAGGUCAUUUUGGAAGCAAUUGCGGACGAAUCUUCGUUGGGGGAACUACACACUCGUCUUGCUGCCAGGAAUGGAGGCCCUACGGAUGCGUUCUUGGAGACAACCAACGACAACCAGCAUGGCUUGACAACUUUCUCAAAGGUCGUCGGCAUUGUUCAGAGGGAAAUGGCGCUGUGCUUUGAUAAGCCUCAGGUUCAGAUAUUGCCCGACACAUGUUUCUUUUCGGCUGGAGCGGAUUCUAAUGCCGCUGUCAAGCUUCGGCAUCGGCUAAGGGCUUUGGGGUUGGAGGUGCCGCUGAGAACGAUAUUUAUUUCCAGGAGUGCGGUCGAACUCGUCAAGCAUAUCACAGUGUAG